AUGGCGAAAGGAAACACAUUGCUUCAAUUUUCGCGAAGGAGAGUGCACCAUCACACUAAAGGAUAUCGCCAUCCUAACCCAUCUUCCCAUCGACUGCAAUGCGGCAUGUGUGAACGAUCAUGCACCACCGGAUGCUGA